AGAUCCAAAUGCUGAUCUCCGCUAUCUCUAUCUACCAGAGAAUCACCGUUCGCUAAUCAUCGUUUCUUCGGUGUGAGAACCGCUUGCGGGGAUGACACACCGGUACAUGCUGGCGUAGUUCCACUAACGACAUGAGGCUAAACUCUGGUCUUUGGGUCGUUGGCCUUGAUGCUUGAGGACGGGCUCGCUGACGGCAUUCCGGUCUGGCGUCGGUUCGGCGUGCUCGAAUGCCACCAUUGAUGUCGUUGACUAUGCGUUUGCUGGUUGUUGUAUCCCUAGCUGGGAGAAAUGAUCAUGAGGAAGACAUAAAACAGAUGUAUUCUUACCUCGUACAAGCCGACGUAAAGCGAGAUGAAGGAGGACUUUAUGCAUUCUCACGCCACGCUUCUUCUUCAACAACGUUCAUGAUACCGAUGCCGUCCUCAGCACCAGACACGAUUGCAAGGAUCCAUGAGUUGGAUAACGACAACCUGACUGGUGUCAGCAGAUGGCUGGUUUCUUUGAUGAGGAAUGUUUACUUGGAAGAAGUUACUCCCUUUUACUAUGACAAGCGAUAUGCAGGAGGGCGACUAUUAGCUUCGAAUCUUAAAUCGCUGUUCCAUCCAGCAGCGCAACAACUGGACGACAGCGGGAUUUCCAGCAGGUCAAGCUCAAUGCGAUUAUCAACGUCUUUCCCGCUAUAGAGGCACCUUUCUUUACCUGUCAUUACACAUCCAGCAGCUGGUCAUCUGUUUUGAUCGAGUAUGCUGGCCUCUUUUCAGAUAUACAGUUAAUUUUCGCCGCGUCAAGACCUGCCCACCACGUU